AGUAUUCAGCGCGUUCAUUUUCCACCGAGUUAAAAUUAUUUCUAUUUUAUUUAAUUUCCCCUCCCGUGGAGUCUAAGUUCUAUAAAUAAAAUAUUUUUAAAUAGAUAUCCAAAUGUGCUGCAUGAAAUGGUGUAGAAUAUAAUUUAAGAAUACAAAGAAUAUUAGAGGAAUUUUGAUAUUAAAUUCCGAUGCAACGCUUAAAGCAAUUAAUUUUGAUAAAAAGCAUUAAAAAGAGUUAUGUUGACUCUUCUUAGCGAAAUUAGAUUUUGGACAUCACGGGAGGAUGAGUUGUUGAUAAAAGAUUCAGAAUUUGGAGUUUUUAAGUUUUCUGAACAUAAAAAAGACACAUCAUCAGUUGAUAAGUACAAUCAAGCAAAAAGGGACUAUGCAGAAAGACGUGGUCUGGUGUGGUCACCUGACAAUAAACAACCAGGAAAGCUAAAAUCUUCACUCAAACACUUCGAAGACGAGCUAAAGACAAAGAAAGUUGUUUACUGUGAAUGGAGCGAUCAAAAGACAUUCCAGUUAAUGUUAUCGAAUGGCCUAUUAAUUUAUGUUGAAAUCAAUGUAUUUACUGGCGACAUCCGAAGAAUUAGUUUCGAUAAAUAUUUCAUUGGAAAAAUCAUUUCAGAAAAUAUUUGUGAUGUCAUAAUCACACGACAACAUGUCAUCAUAUCCUAUAAUGAGAAUCAAAUAACAUUUGUUCACCUUCAAAAACCAUCAUUAAGAAAUGUGACACAAAAAAUUUCAUCGACUGAUCCAAAAAUCUUCAACAUCAUCAUCGGUGGACAAACGAAGAAAAUUAAUCGAAAUCUUGUGAUAAAUCUCAGCAAUGACCUUUUGUUGAUAUGGACAAAGUCAUCGCAAAACGAAUUCUUCCCAUGGCGGCCUUCAGUGAAAGAUCAAGAACGAGCAAAUCUUCACAUUUACAAACUCAAUCGACUGAAACUUGAGCCAUUGUGUUACUAUUGGACGGAAAACGAUCCAAUUGGCUUUGAAUUCUCGAAAUUUAAUGAAAAUGAAGUUCAUUCAGUGGAACAGAAGAUCUCAAGAAAAGGCGACGUGACAAUCGAGAGUUGCACUUAUCACUUUUCCAACAGCAAAUCGAAACUUCAAAGAACUUCAGUGACUUCGAUUCCACUUCAAACUGAAGUGUCUUGUAAUGCUUUCAGUCCGGAUCAUGAGAAACUUCUGAUGGGUUGCAUUGAUGGAUCGAUUGUAUUGUUUGAUGAAGGUCGUGGAAUUACUUAUUUAGUUAAAGCUUCUUUCAUACCAACGCAAGUUUCUUGGCAUCCUGACUCAGCCAUCGUCAUGAUUGCCAACGAACGUGGACAACUUCAAUGCUUCGACAUUUCACUUGCUUGUAUUAAAAAUCAAUUGUUGAGUGAAGAUGUGACGCCAUCGAACAUUCUCGACUUGUCAACUUAUUUCGUUAAGCAGCCGACGCUUCUGAAACUUUGUUGGGCGAAGAAACCUGACAUCAACAAUCAUUACGAAAGAUUUGCUCAGGUUGAUGGGUUUUUAUUGUUGAUGUUUAGUUCAGGAGUCUUUGCCAAUAUGCGUUACGUUAGUGGUGCGGGACUUAAGAACGACAUUCACACUUCAGGCUUAACUGGCGAUGUCAUCAUUGACAUGUACAUUUCACUCGAUCAAGUAGAACGAGCUAUAAAUGUUCUACUCAGUCUCAAUUGGGAUACUUACGGUGCGAUGUGCCUUCUGUCACUUCAUAAGAUUGCCAACUUCAUGUUCCAAUUACCAGCAACACCUGAGCGAGAAGAACUUUUACAAAAAGCUUUGGGAAGUUUUCAUGUUCCAACAAAAUCACUUUGCAUGGAAACUGAGACAGAAUUUGGUGAUAAUGUCGAUGACAUCACGAGAAGAUUCUUUCAUUAUCUGAUAAGGUACAAAUCAUACGAAAAAGCUUUUAGCCUUGCAAUUGACAUCAAUGACGCUGAUCUCUUUAUAAUCUUAUUCAAAUGCGCUAAAGCGCAAGGUUUGGAUGAUUUAGCUGAAGAAUCGAUGAAGAAAGCCGAUGAGAUUUAUGCUGAAGAAGAGAAUGAAAGUCAUCAUUCAACAUGUUCAAUCACAUCUUGUUCAAUUUGUUCAAAUUCUUGUGACUCUGAGAGUGACGACGAUGCAAGUACGCAUUCAAGUGUUGAACAAGGAUCAUCAAUAAUUCAACCACCGUCGUCUGAUUCCAAUGAAACGCCAACAACGAGACAAGAAAGAAGUGAAAGUCCAGUGAGAAGAUUGAGAAAAAGUUUAUCAGCUGAAAUUCUGAAUCAUCCGCCAUUGCCGAGAUUUCCACGAUAUGACGUUAAAAGAAUGCAGAAAAGUUCAAUGGAAACAACGAAUUCCAGUAAUUACAUUCCACCUUUGCCACAAGUGUCAUCGUCAGCUCACGAUCAGAGAAUUUCAGAGAAUCUCAAUGAAGCAAAACAUCAACAAACAAGUUCAAAUAAUAAGAAAAAGAAAAAUGCUUCGUUAUCGAAUCUUACAAGUGAAUUGACAUUCCAAAAUCUCAGUAAAUUUAAUUACUCGUCAAUGGAUGAAUUUAAUAACAAUCCAAGUUCAAGCAGCACUUUCAAUCCGAUGUCAUUACAAAGUCAACAACUUUCAGUUGUCGAUAUUGUGCCGAAACCAUCAAAGAAUCUUCCUGAUUUAGAUCAAACCAUUGGCAUUCCAUUAACGUUUGAUGCUGUUGAUAAUUCAUCUGGAAAUGGUUAUUAUCAAUCCUUAGGACCGUCACAUUAUUCAUCUAAUCACAACAACAACAACGACGUUUCGAAUGAUUAUGAAUAUCAUCAAGUGCCAACGACAAUCCAUCAAUAUCCGCUGAUUUCCGGGACAAUUCCAUCGACAUCGCAAUCGAAGAUGAAUUAUAAUAAUUUACCGACACCAAUGUUGAGUCCUAGUAAGAAGAAUCAACAAGCUGUGCCCACAGGAUCGAUUCUAACGACAAAUAACACGAAUGUUGUCAACAGCAAGAAAGAAACUGGCGAGAAGAACAAAGUGAAGUUUUCCGAUACAAUUACAGUUGCUGUCGUUCCAGAAAUAUCAAGAAAGGAAAAAGUUGUCAACUUUAAUGAGCGUGUGAAGAGAAAAACAGUUUUCCAUGGUUUGAUGGAUCCACGUCGUGAAUUGCAAGAAAGUUUACCACUUUGUCAUCCAAAUGAAGAUUAUCUUAAAGAUUUCUCACCAGUUUCAUCUGAUCGAUCGAAAGACGCUUCACCAUCAACCAGAUAUGGUGGUUUCAUUGCUUCUAAAUUACGUCGGAAAACAACAUCGCAUGGAGAUGAGACGCCGAGGAAAAAGAAAAAAGACGAAAAAUUUGCUAUCGGCGAAAAAAUUUUAUGCUACGAGCCUGAUGAGAAAUUAGAACGAGUUCUAUAUGACGCAAAAAUUCGUGAUGUUGUUGAGGGAAAAGACAAGAAAGGAAAAAAAUGUUACGAAUAUCUCGUUCACUUCCAAGGGUGGAACAGCAGCUGGGAUAGAAGAGUUUCGGAAGAUUUUCUCCUCAAAGAUACAGCAGUGAAUCGUAAACUUCAAAGGGAUCUUGCAGAAAAAUCUCAAUUACAGCUUGGCGCAUAUUUGUAUCGAAAGGAAAGGAAGAAGCGAAAGCGAAUGAAUGAACGGAAACUUCUCUUGAAUGCCUCAGAUGAUAUUAAAAGACCAGAAGAACAUCAAGAUCAUGAAAAUGAAUAUUACAGUAGCUCUGCAACAGAAUCACACGAUGAUGACAGAGUUUUCCUUCAUAUGGGCGAAGUGCUUAAAGCUCAUCUUGAAUAUGAUCAUCAAAUGAUUACUAAAGACAAAAUUCUUUCAAAACUCCCAGCUUCAUUGCCAAUCGUAACGAUUCUUGAGAAUUUUGUUAAAAGCCAUGCAAUACAAGUUCUCACUGGACCGCAAGUUGAGCAACCAAAACCAAAACGAAGAAGCAGCAUUAUCGGACGAAAAGAACAAAAAAUUAAGCCAAUUGAUUAUGAAACUUUAGCCAUUGGCAUAGAUUUAUGUAAAGAAGUCGCUGAUGGUCUUCGUGUUUAUUUCAACUUCAUUCUUAAAGAUUUUCUUUUAUAUCCAGAAGAGAAAGAGGAAAUGGAAAAAUUUAUUUCCGAAGAGAAUUUGAAGGAAUUUCGAUUUACGUCAAGCGAACAACUUUCUUUGAACGAUUUUUUCUGCAAACAAGAACCAACGAAAACAUUCACAGCUGAGCUCAGCACAAUACCGGAAAAUGAAGGUUCAUCGUCAAACGCUGAUAAACGACCAUCACGAUUAAGAUCGCAUUCAGUGAAGACAGAAGAAGAUGAAAAACCUGAAAAUUUGUCGUCAUUGGCAAGCACCAGCUCAGGAGAUUCUGCAAUGCCAGAAAUAGUAAAGAAAGGGAUUUUCUCGAAAUCUUGGUUUCCUCUUAAUGCUGGAAUUAGUCCAAUUGCGAGGAAGAUACUUGAAGAAACAUUCAACUGGCGAAUGAUUCCAGGAAAUGCUGAACCAGAGCCUUCAAUGAUUUUUGGGAUUUAUCAUCUCACCAGACUUGUUGUAAAGUUGCCAGAAUUUCUCUCAGCAACGCCAAUGAAUGAAGAGAAGUUGACGAUGUUGCUUAAAUAUUUGGACGUGUUUGUGGAGUUUCUCGAAGAGAAUCCUGAAAUUUAUGGGCCCCAAAAUUUCAACAUCACUGAACCAGCUCAACCACCUGCAAACAUUCACGAUGUUGAAAUAAAAAUUGAAAUUACCGACGAUGAAUCAGAAGAGGGAUCUGAAAAUUUUUAUCAAAAAGACAAAAUUAAAACGGAAACGUAAAUCUUUUGACAUUUAAAAUUUUACUUUUAUUAACAAUUUUAUUUAUUCUACAUUUUCUUUCUGUUUGUCUGUCCAACUAUUUAAACUUCUUCUUACCUGCCAACAUGAUCGAAACAAGUUUUAGAAAAUU